AUGGGAGGUUUUCUCACCUUGGUCGAGGAUCGACCCACGCCCAAGGCGGUAUACAACUGGCGAGUGUACGCUCUCGCAGCCGUUGCCUCGUUUGCAUCAUGCAUGAUUGGUUAUGAUAGUGCCUUUAUUGGCACCAGUUUGGCUUUGCCAUCUUUCAUGAGCGAGUUCGGACUCGAUGACAUGGAAGCAGGCGACCUUGCCUUUACAAAGAGCAACAUCGUCUCCAUCUACCAAGCUGGAGCCUUCUUCGGAUCGUUGGCCGCAUAUCCCCUCGCCUAUUACCUCGGACGCAGGAAGACUCUCUUCAUCUUCGCCACUUUGUUUGUCCCUGGCGCUGGCAUGAUGCUGGGCGCUGAUUCUGCUCGCGGUCUUGGUCUGAUCUAUGCUGGACGMGUCAUUACAGGCGUGUGUGUUGGCGCAGCCUCUAUGGUUACACCAAUCUACAUUUCUGAGAUUUCCCCUCCUGCCAUUCGUGGACGGAUCGUCGGUAUCUACGAGUUGGGCUGGCAAUUGGGAGGUCUCGUUGGUUUCUGGAUCAACUUUGGCGUCUCAGAGACCAUGGAAUCUAGCCACAGGCAAUGGCUCAUCCCGUUCGCUGUGCAGCUUAUCCCCGGAGGUCUGCUGUGGAUCGGUACCUUCUGGAUCAAGGAAUCUCCACGUUGGCUGCUGUCCAAGCACCGUAGAACACAAGCGGUGAAGAACCUUUGCUACAUUCGCAAUCUCCCUGCUGAGGAUAUUUACAUCGUCGAAGAAAUGGCAAUGCUUGACCUUGCUCUCGAAGAACAGGCUGCUUCUAUUGGAGAGGGCUUCUGGAAACCUUUCAAGGCUGUGGGCAGGGACCGCAAGGUACAAUGGAGAUUCCUGCUCGGUGGCCUCCUUUUCAUGUGGCAGAACGGAAGCGGAAUUAACGCCAUCAACUACUACAGUCCUACCGUCUUCAAGGCCAUUGGUGUCCGAGGAACCAACGCCGGUUUCCUGACCACUGGAAUCUUUGGUGUCAUCAAGACCGUGUUUACUUUUGUCUGGAUGUUCGUCAUGAUUGACAACCUUGGUCGCAGGAACCUCCUCAUGGGCGGUGCUCUCGGUGGCUCCAUUUGCAUGUGGAUUCUUGGUGCAUACAUUUCCACGACAACCAUCGAGUCUUCCACUACUUCCAGCGCUCCCAAAGGUCUCAGCCCCGGUGGUAUCGCCGCCAUGUUCUUCUUCUACCUUUGGACAGCCUUCUACACGCCCAGUUGGAACGGUACUCCCUGGGUUCUCAACUCGGAAAUGUUCGAUAUGAACACCAGAGGUUUGGGACAGGCAUCUGCCGCUGCCAACAACUGGUUCUGGAACUUCAUCAUCUCGAGAUUCACCCCACAGAUGUUCCUGACUAUGGGUCCCAACGGAUGCGGUGUCUUCUUCUUCUUCGCAUCCAUGAUGAUUGCCAGCAUCUUCUUCGUUUGGUUCCUCAUUCCAGAAACUAAGGGUAUCCCUCUCGAGUCCAUGGACCGCCUAUUCGCCAUUCGUCCGGUCCGCAAAGCCCAUAAAAUCGUACACGAUGAAGAUGAGUUGAGAAAUGCCGAGUUCCGACAUGACGCAGAAGGCGCUGGUCUCAGCGCAGCCAAGGAGAAGAUGGACUUUGUUGAGAGGACGAGCGAGAAGAACAGCGAUCUGUGA